UCCCCCUAGCGCCGCCGAGGAGCCGCGGCUGGAGGCGCCGCCGAGGGCUGAGCGCCGAGGCUGCGGCGGAUAGAAGGACAAGGACAGAAUCACCAGCACUGGCUGAAGGCUGGCAGGAGCAUAAACCACUGUUGGGAGGAAUAAGUGGAAGAAGUGGGGACAGGCAGUCCAGGCGCCAUCCAGGUGUCCCUCAGCGCUAGCUCUUUUCAUACUUCUUGAAUGGGAAUGUGAUAAGAAUACUAGCACUAUUGGAAUACUUAAAGAAUUUUUCAUUAUAAGGCCGUUAAUGAAACUUGUCUUGGGAGAAUUUUGAGAAGAAUUAGAGCAACAGUUGAGCCAUUGUGCACAGGAAAAAGCACAGUCUACCUCUAGGUCCUACACACGGACACCUUGAGAACCCGGUUUGCUGUCUCCAGAGCACAGUCUGGGUACCUUAACAUGGGGAAUCUUCUUAAGGUUUUGACAUGCACAGACCUUGAGCAGGGGCCAAAUUUUUUCCUUGAUUUUGAAAAUGCCCAGCCUACAGAGUCUGAAAAGGAAAUUUAUAAUCAGGUGAAUGUAGUAUUGAAAGAUGCAGAAGGCAUCUUGGAGGACUUGCAAUCCUACAGAGGAGCUGGCCACGAGAUACGAGAGGCAAUCCAGCAUCCGUCAGAUGAGAAGUUGCAAGAGAAGGCAUGGGGUGCAGUUGUACCACUAGUAGGCAAAUUAAAGAAAUUCUAUGAAUUUUCUCAGAGGCUAGAAGCGGCAUUAAGAGGCCUUCUGGGAGCCUUGACCAGUACCCCGUAUUCCCCCACACAGCAUCUAGAGCGAGAGCAGGCUCUUGCUAAACAGUUUGCAGAAAUUCUUCAUUUCACGCUCCGGUUUGAUGAACUCAAGAUGACAAAUCCUGCCAUACAGAAUGACUUCAGCUACUAUAGAAGAACAUUGAGUCGUAUGAGAAUUAACAACGUUCCGGCAGAAGGAGAAAAUGAAGUAAAUAAUGAAUUGGCAAAUCGAAUGUCUUUGUUUUAUGCUGAGGCCACUCCGAUGCUGAAAACCCUAAGUGAUGCAACAACAAAAUUUGUAUCCGAGAAUAAAAAUUUACCAAUAGAAAAUACCACAGAUUGUUUAAGCACCAUGGCUAGUGUAUGCAGAGUCAUGCUGGAAACACCGGAAUACAGAAGCAGAUUUACAAAUGAAGAAACAGUGUCAUUCUGCUUGAGGGUAAUGGUGGGCGUCAUAAUACUCUAUGACCACGUACAUCCAGUGGGAGCAUUUGCCAAAACUUCCAAAAUUGAUAUGAAAGGUUGUAUCAAAGUUCUGAAGGACCAGCCUCCUAAUAGUGUAGAAGGCCUUCUAAAUGCUCUCAGGUAUACAACAAAACAUUUGAAUGAUGAGACUACCUCCAAGCAAAUCAAAUCCAUGCUGCAAUAACAGUUGUGGAGUAAGCACCUCCAUGAUGGAGCUCUGACAGUGUUCUGCAGUGACUGAGAAUGCAGUUUUUAGUGAUUGCAAUUUCUAUCUCAGUUAUUCUUGCUGGUAUUCUUUCCUCUGUUCCUCUUCCCACUUUUUUAAUCAUGUUCUUGUUCUUAAGACUUCUUUUCUGUGCCAAAUCAGUAAAGUUAUACUACUUUGAAAGGGAUGUUGUCCUUUCAAAACAGGCCAUCUAAGGCAGCUAAUUAUGCAUUGCAUUGAGGUCUCUACUGAGAAAAGUUCUGUGACUUGAACUAAAUAUUUUUAAAUGUGGAUUUUUUUUGAAAACUAAUAUUUAAUAUUGCUUCUCCUGCAUGGCAGAACUGCCUAUUCGCUAUUUAAAACCCUCCAUGACUUUAUUUUCUACUGCCGCUUUUUCAUGUGCAGCCAAAAGGAAAAUGUUUAAAUUAACUGUGUUGUACAAAUGGUACCCAACACAAACUUUUUUAAAUUAGUAAGACUUUUGUUUAAAGUUUUGAGUUUGCAUUUUGACUUUUUUUUGUAAGGAUGUAUGUUGUGUGUUUAACCUUUAUUAACUAACGUUAAAAACUGUGAUGUGUGCGUAGAAUAUUACGUAUGCAUGUUCAUGUUUAAGAAUGGCUGUUGAUAAAAUAAAAAUCAGCUUUCCUUUUUCUAAGUGUGGCUUGGUUUACUGAGGUUUUGUUUUAAGCCUUCUGAAGGUUUCACUGUGUAUAUUUUUAUGGAAUGCAUAUACAUAUUACAUAAUUUUUCCUUCUCUUAGAGGAUAGCGGGGGGUUUUCAAUUGUAUUUUUCUUUACCGUUGUCUGUGUACAUAAUUUUAAUUGCUUUUAAAACUGCUGUGUAUAAGGCGACCAGUGAUUGUGUCAUAGACUUGACUUCUAUUCUGAUUUAUUCUUGUAUGGGCAUAGAAGCAGAAGGAAAGCCACACUUUUUCAGUUCUCGGUUUCAGGAAUGAAAGGGCAGCAAGGAAGCACAGGGUGUUUGGAAGGAUGGAUGAUCAGCCCUUGACACUGGGGACAGUGAACAAUGACUUCCCAGGAAGAAAUCUCACUAGUGGCCGGAAGCUACCACAUGUUUUAAGUUCAUAAAAUCUAGGUCAUGAAGUCAAAAUCUUAUGGUUGAGAGAGGCUGCUUAAAGAUUGUCAUAUUCAGUCUUGUCAGUAGUUUAAUGGCAGGUUCAUCUGACGGUGUGGUGCAGUUAAAAUGGCUAACCAUGAAGGAGAAUCACAGAGGCUUCCCUCAGGACCUCCUUGACCAUAGUGCCGGAUAUGGCACACACAGCACUUGGUGAUCGAGUUCCUGCUGACUCUGUCCUCCUCCCGCCUGUCCUGCUUCACACCCCGUUCUCCAGCCAAGCUUAACUACUUGCUGUUUCCUGAUUGUUCUUGCAGUGUUGCUUUGUAAUUUUGGUCUGGCUGCAGCUGGACCAUGACUGCCCUUCUCCCUCGUGUCCUCUGACCAGCACCAGCUCUCAUCUUUCAAAGAUCAGCUUCUGUUGCUUUCUCCUGAAAAACUCUUGGGAUGAUACAGGCUUUGUCUUCUAACAGUCUUGUAAUGGGUUGAAUGAUGCACCCCGAAAAGAUCAUGCCUGGAACCUGUAAAGAUGACCUCAUUUGGAGAACAGGCAUUUUCAGGUGAAAUUAAGGACCUGGAGAUGACAUCAUCUUGGAUUAGGGUGGGUCCUAAAUCCAUUGACAAAUGGUUUAAGAAAAAAGAAAGCAAAACAGACACAGACACAGUGGAGGCCCUGGGAGAAUAGAGGCAGAGUGUCUACAAGCCAGAAGUUCCUGGGCCACGACCGAGAGAGGGUUGUGGAACAGUUCCGAUCAGAGCCUCCUGAGGGAACCAACUCUGCUGAUGUUUUGAUUUCAGACUUCUAUCCUCUGAUGUGGUGGAAAAAAAUAGAUUUCUGUUGUUCUAAGCCACCUAGUUGGUGGUAAUUUGUUAUAGUCACUGUAGGCAUCAAAUAUAACUAUCUCACAAAGUAGUGUUGGUACUUUUGAUGCUCUUGAGAAUACAGUGUCUGAAUGCUGAGGAGACGAUGUGAGCUUUUUGUUUUCCUUUUUGGUCUCAAGGAAGGAGCUUGCACAGUACCUAAAUCGGAAUAGGUGCCAAGUGAGUGCUUGAAUCGAGCGAAUGAGAACAAUAAAUGGAUUAGAUGUAGUGAUACCGCUGUGACCUUUUCAGGUAACAUCAUUCACAUUCUGCAUGUUGAAGAUUAAAUGGGAAGAAAAAUCUUUUAACUGUAGCCUAGGGAUCAGCAGCCCAGUCUGUGGGCCAACCCUCCUCCCUCUGUACCUACACAGCCUGUGAAUUAAGAAUGAUUUUUAAAAGGUUUAAAAAAAAAAAAAGGAUAACAUGUUUUUUAAAAGGUUGAAAAAAUAUUUUGUA